AUGAACAACCUGAUUUCGCGGUUCAACUCGCUGUUCGCCUUCACGGUGAUGGUGAUGGCGGCGCUGACCUUGCUGGUGCUCCUGAGCACCGUGUUCCAGCGGUCCCGGGUACCAGUCAGCAUCAGUGUGAGCGGCAUCUCUCUAAAAAAAUAUGAAGACUAUACUGGAAAGUAUGAUUUAGGAUCUGUAAAUUUUAGCGUUUAUGUUGAUCUGGGGCCAGUAUUCAAUUGGAAUGUUAAGCAGCUUUUCCUGUAUCUAGCAGUGGAAUAUGCUACAGAGAAGAAUACAUUGAAUCAAGUGGUCCUAUGGGAUAAAAUCCUUCAGCGAGGAGAGAAUCCUAGACUUAAUCUUCAUGAUAUGAGUCCCAAAUAUUUAUUUUUGGAUGAUGGAAAUGGUCUGCAAGGAAAUAAGAAUGUCUCCUUGUCCCUUUCGUGGAAUAUUGUUCCAAAUGCUGGAAUAUUGUAUCUAAUACCUGCCUCUGGUCAGAAAUUAAUGCCAUUACCUGAAAAUUAUGAAGAUUUCAGAAGUGAUUGAUACAAAAGAGAAAGGGCUGGGUACA